AUGGUGUCCGACAAGACGACAAAUGGCACGUUUGACGAUUUCGAUGCGCCAGCGCAAAAAGUCCUCAGUCCGUCGACUCUGGCCCACGUCGUCCUCCGCACGGCCAACUUCCAGCCCAUGAUCGACUUCUACACGAACUUCCUAGGCGGCAAGAUCGUGCACGCCAACGACUUCAUCGCAUUCAUCACCUACGACGAAGAGCACCAUCGUAUCGCCCUCAUCAACGUCCCCGGCACCGGACCGAAGCAGCCCAAAAGCAGUGGGCUGGAGCAUAUCGCCUUCACUUUUCCCACGCUGCACGCCCUGCUACUUGCGUACCGGCAGAGGAAGCAAAAGGGCAUCGAGCCCGUCUGGACAGUCAAUCACGGUCCUACUACUAGUCUCUACUACUUUGAUCCCGAUCGGAAUAUGCUGGAGACGCAGGUCGAUAAUUUCGACUCGGUCGAGGACGCAAAUGCCUUUAUGAGCAGCCCCUACUUUGCGGAGAACCCCAUUGGAACUGACGUCGAUCCAGAGGAUAUUAUCAGUAGGCUGAAGAAGGGUGAAAGCGAGGCUUCCAUCAAGAAGCGUGUAGAGAUUGGCGCGCGAGGGGUUCCGGAUUUCGAUGCGAUGUAG